AUGAACCUAACUGCGCUCAAAGCUUUCGUGGGCUUGCUCUGGAAUUGCUGGGUUCUGGUGGGUCACGCACAGGGAGGUUUAGGAGACAAUCAUGUCCAUUCGAGUUUUAUUUACAGGAGGCUGCGGAACCAUGAAAGAAGGGAGAUUCAGAGAGAGAUUCUCUCUAUCCUGGGUUUACCUCACAGACCCAGACCAUUUUCACCAGGAAAGCAGGCUUCUUCUGCACCCCUCUUCAUGCUGGACCUGUAUAAUGCCAUGACAAAUGAAGAGGAUUCUGAGGAGCUGGAGUAUUCACUAAAGGGAUCAAUGGCAGGGGAGAGCAGAGGGAUACGAAAAGGAUACCCUGCCUCUCCAAACGGAUAUUCGCGGAGAAUACAAUUAUCUCGCAUGACCCCCCUGACCACACAGAAUCCUCCCUUAAACAGCCUGCACGACACCAACUUUCUGAAUGAUGCUGACAUGGUCAUGAGCUUUGUCAAUUUAGUUGAAAGGGACAAGGACUUCUCCCACCACCGAAGGCACUACAAAGAAUUCCGCUUUGACCUUACUCAGAUCCCUCACGGAGAGGCAGUGACAGCCGCCGAGUUCCGGAUAUACAAAGAUCGGAGCAACAGCCGCUUUGAGAAUGAAACCAUUCAGAUUAGCAUAUAUCAGAUCAUCAAGGAGUAUCCCAACAGGGAUGCAGACUUGUUCCUCUUAGACACAAGAAAGGCUCAAGCUUCUGAUGUGGGCUGGUUUGUCUUCGACAUUACUGUGACCAGCAAUCACUGGGUGAUUAAUCCACAGAACAACCUGGGCUUGCAACUCUGCGCUGAGACUGGGGACGGUCGAAGUAUCAAUGUUAAAUCUGCUGGCCUGGUUGGAAGACAUGGGCCUCAGUCAAAGCAACCAUUCAUGGUUGCAUUCUUCAAGGCAAGUGAAGUGCUUUUCCGUUCUGUCCGAGCAGCCAACAAUAAAAGGAAAAAUCAGAACCGCAACAAAUCCAGUAGUCAACAGGAGUCCUCUAGGAUGCCAAGUGUUGGGGAUUAUAACACAAGCGAGCAAAAGCAAGCAUGUAAGAAACAUGAACUUUAUGUGAGUUUCCGAGACUUAGGAUGGCAGGAUUGGAUUAUUGCACCGGAGGGCUACGCUGCGUUUUACUGUGACGGAGAGUGUUCUUUUCCCCUCAAUGCCCACAUGAAUGCAACAAACCAUGCCAUUGUUCAGACUCUGGUUCACUUGAUGUUCCCCGAUCAUGUACCAAAGCCAUGCUGUGCACCAACAAAACUGAAUGCAAUCUCCGUGCUCUACUUUGAUGACAGCUCCAAUGUUAUUUUAAAAAAAUACAGGAAUAUGGUGGUGCGUUCAUGUGGCUGCCACUAAAAUAAAAAAAAAAAAAUAAUCUAAAGCAGAGGGUUUUAUUCAAAGUUGUAAUAAAGUCAAGAUAUGAGCAUUGAUGAUGAAAAGGCGGGCCUAAAUUUAUUCCAUUUCAUGUCGUCUCUCAUUUAAUUGUACAGUAUAAUGUAUAUAGUAGCUUUUAUUUAUUUAAAAGUAUAUAGUUUCUUUUGUAUGAGCAAAAUUUCAGAACCAUUUAUUUAAUGGGUCACCUCACUAUGCAGCGGAAGUUCACAAGUUAAUUUUUCAAUUGACCAUACUGAAAUUUGCUUUAUCCCAUUUCAAUAUUGUAAAGUAAAGCCUUUUUGUAUGGAAUUUUUUUAAACUAGAAACUCCAGAAGUUCUGUAACUGCUUUGUAUUGUUAGAGGAACUAAAUGCAUUUGGUCAUAUUAUGCCAAUGAAAACUGUGGCUAGGUAUUUAUUUAGAAAAAGGCACAGGAAGAAAAAAACUAAACAAAGCUGCUCAGCUAAAUAUGUUUUUUCUUUUAGAACUUCUGCUUCAUUAGAAGAAGUGAAAUAUUGAACAGUGCUUAAGUAAAUAAAUAGCAGAAAAAAAAUAGAAGUGAAAAAAUUGCACAUAAUUGUUAUAACUAUUUUCUUUAACAAGAUGAGUGUAACUGGAGGAGUAUGUUACUUUUUGGCUUGUGAGCUGCAGAGUUUGGAAAAGGCUCCAGGCUUCAGAAGUUCUGUGUAGACAGACUCUUGCCUCUAUCUAUGACUUUCCAAAUUAACACUAAAAGUUGAACUACAACAUUCUUACCUCAAAUCAUAUCAGUCUAUUAUCUAUGACACUGCUGUGGAAGGUAUUUUUAUAAUAGCAUAAAAGAAGUCAAAAUCAAACAAAAAACCACACAAGCCUUCCCAUUACACACACAAGUUACUAUAUACACAAAGUGUACAGAAUACAGGGUAUGGAAGGGCUUUGCUUGAUUUAGCUCCCGCUUCUGGAUAUGUUUUAAGAAUUUGCAAGGGAAAGCACAAGGGGUGCAGCAGUUGUCACUUGUUUAAUCAAAAAUCUUAUCCCUGGUGGUGACUGUUUUCAGGAAAAGAUAAAAAACAUCUUUCAUAAGAUGAUGUUGGGUAACUUGCAGCCUACUUGCAGUCCCAUCUGCUUUUCUAUCAUGUGGAGAUUGAUUUAAAUAAUGAGACUCAAUAUGGAAUACUUUUAUUUAGCACUUGCAACUUUAAUAGUUCUUAAAUCUGUAUAGAUAACUUUUUAUUCCCACUAAAUUUUGGUCACAAGUUAAAUCCUUUGGCUGUGAAUUAUACAACCAAUUACAAAUUACCUUUCCCAUCACCACUACACACAGGUUUAUUUUGAAUUAAUUACACUUAAUGUGUUUGGGUACCCCUUUGUUUUAGUAUUAUGAAAACAGGAAAAUAGAAAUGUUUUUCUCUCUAUUACAUAGCUGAUUAUCACAUAUGCUUUUAUCAUGAUCUGCCUUCAUUAAAAAUGCUUCCUUUAAACCAUUCUCAAAGAGUUGCUAAAAAAUGGAUAGGAUUUAUAAGUUUCUUCUUAGACAGUCUAAUCAUGUAAACUCUGACUUCUCUGGUUAUUUAAAACAUAUCUCAGAAAACUCAGAUGAUUACAGACUGAUAAAAUCAGCAUAUGUGUGACUGUGUGUAUGCAUGUGAAUAGGCAGCUGUUAUUUUUGCAGAAACUAAUUUAUUUUACCUUGCUAUUGGAGUAAUACAUAAAUCCUUUCAAUUCAUACACUCAAUUAAAAAAAAUAUUAGCAGUUCUGAUUUCAGUCUUGGGAACUCUUUCCCAUUAAUAGAACAGUUCCAUUUUACACUCCUGUCUGUAUUUUAUAUUGACAUUACCUACAUAUCUAGAUUUAGUUGCAGUUCAUGUACAAGAAUAUAUAGGAAAAAAGGUCUGUAUCUAAAUUAGCAUUUUAGAAAAGUUAAACUCCUCUGUUGUCUUCAAAAAUUGCUGUUUUUUUGUAUAAAUUGGGUAGGUGGAUAUGCUUUUUUGAACUCAAUUUAUUCUAAAUGGAAUUUGAUGGACACUAAAUUUUGGGUACAUUAAGUAAUAUAUUUUUAAAUAAUGGUGUACCAUUUUGAGACUAAGAAGCUGAAGAUUAUUGUUAUAUUAUUCUUUAAAAUAUGCUGUUGGAAUAUAUUUCUAUAUU